AUGAACCAGCAGCCUGCCGUUCAAAAUCAGGCUCAGGCUCAGGCGCCAAUUGCAGCCGGCCAGGAUGACUGGGAUGAAGCGCGCCUUGAAGAAGCCAUGAAACGCCUCAAGCUUCUGCACAUCAAGGUCCGGCAAUUGAACGACACCAUUCCCAAGAUGAUCAAGCCGCUUGUGCAAAAGCAACCUUCACCCGAUGUCAUGUUUGCAGCUUUCAUGAACUCGGUCAAUGAAGCGCAAGCAAACAUCAAAGAGGUUACUGACUUGAUGCGCGAUGAGAAAAGUCGUGAAAUCUUUGCGCAGGCCAAGAAGAGGAAAGAGGAAGAGCCCACGGGUAUCAAGACGUGGGAAUAUUAUGAUCACCCAGACUGGUUCAGAAUGGAUGAAGAAUAA